AGCAGUUUCUCACCAUGUCUGCCAGCAUGUCAUCCCCUUCUGCUCGCUGCAGAACAUUUACUCUGUUCCCACUUCGCGCUGCCAUAGCAUUUAUGGGUAUACUGGCAAUCCUGAGCCAGUACAUAUUAAAGGUGACCCUGUCGGUGGCUAUUGGAGGAAUGGUCAAACCCAUACCUCAGGAAAACACUGUGGAUGAAACUUGUCCCCUGCCAGGCUCUGCAAACACAAGCUCGUCAAACAAUGAGGGAGGAGAAUUUGAGUGGGAUGAGGAGAUGCAAGGCUACAUACUGUCCUCCUACUACUACGGGUACGCAGGAGUGAACAUAGUGGCAGGUUACCUGGCUGCCCGGUACAGCGCCCGCUGGGUUUUCACCCUAGGACUGCUCGCUGCAGGUAUUUUCACGGUCUUGGGUCCCGUCUGCGCCAGUGCGAGCCCGGUGGUUUUCAUGAUAACACGAAUACUCGUUGGAACAUUUUCAGGUGUUAUUGUACCAUCAAUGCACGUUCUAAUUGGGAAAUGGUUCCCCGAAAACGAGCGACAAAGGCUAGGAGGACCUAUUUUCUCAGCGUCAUACCUGGGCACUGUGAUAUCAAUGGCAUUGUCUGGAACCAUUGUGAAGAACCUGGGCUGGUACUCUGUAUUCUACAUUUUCGGCGGCAUCGCAAUAGCUCUAGUGAUUCCAUGUUUGUACUUUGUCUACGAUGAGCCUGAGUCGCACCCUAGGAUCACAGAGAAAGAAAAGGACUUUCUUUUGACUCACACUGGUAGAGAGCUGACAGAAAGCAAAGAGAAGAAGGAGCUUGAAAAGGAGCGGAAAAGCCUCAUGCACUGA